AUGGUUUUAUUGAAUUUCGGGUAUAAUUUUGUCCGUAAAAAAAUUCUAUUGGCUGGUCUUCAGAAACAAUUUGUACAUGACGCCGUCAAAUGCUAUAAAGAAACCGGAGGCCCUGCGGAUCGUCAUCUUAGUGGUCGUCUGAUUACUGUGACGACCCACGUCCAUGUGCAGAAUAUCCGUAGUAGUGUUCAACGAAACCCGGAGCGUUCGAUCAGGAAAAUAGUAAAAGAGUAUCGUAUCAGUGUCGGUAGUUCUUGGAAUAUCGUCAAAGGAAACUUAGGGCUUCAGAGCUUCAAGAUCGCACGCCCUUAUUUCCUUGACCAUAAGAUGCAGCCUGAGGGACUCGAGAAAGCUUGCCGAAUGAGUCGCCUGAUCGUGGGUGCUCGCUAG